AUGUUGCGCUCUGGCUUUUGCACCACCAUCAGGAUGAGAGAGCUGCUUUGGGGGAGUGCAGUGGGAAAGGUGGGGAGAGAUAGGGGCGGUGGUGGGGGAGAAGCAGUGCUGGUCAUACAUAUUGCGCUCCGGCUUUUGCACCACCACCAUCAGGAUGAGAGAGCUGCUCUGGUUUGGGUCAGUGCUGGUCGUACUAUUGUUGAGUCGACUCAAAAAGAGGGAUGGGUGGGUGGGGGUCCACACGUGCUGUGCCAAUCAGUCAGUGCUGGUCGUACUAUUGUUGAGUCGACUCAAAAAGAGGGAUGGGUGGGUGGGGGUCCACACGUGCUGUGCCGGUCAGUCAGUGCUGGUCGUACUAUUGUUGAGUCGACUCAAAAAGAGGGAUGGGUGGGUGGGGGUCCACACGUGCUGUGCCAAUCAGUCAGUGCUGGUCGUACUAUUGUUGAGUCGACUCAAAAAGAGGGAUGGGUGGGUGGGGGUCCACACGUGCUGUGCCAAUCAGUCAGUGCUGGUCGUACUAUUGUUGAGUCGACUCAAAAAGAGGGAUGGGUGGGUGGGGGUCCACACGUGCUGUGCCAAUCAGUCAGUGCUGGUCGUACUAUUGUUGAGUCGACUCAAAAAGAGGGAUGGGUGGGUGGGGGUCCACACGUGCUGUGCCAAUCAGUCAGUGCUGGUCGUACUAUUGUUGAGUCGACUCAAAAAGAGGGAUGGGUGGGUGGGGGUCCACACGUGCUGUGCCAAUCAGUCAGUGCUGGUCGUACUAUUGUUGAGUCGACUCAAAAAGAGGGAUGGGUGGGUGGGGGUCCACACGUGCUGUGCCAAUCAGUCAGUGCUGGUCGUACUAUUGUUGAGUCGACUCAAAAAGAGGGAUGGGUGGGUGGGGGUCCACACGUGCUGUGCCAAUCAUCAGUGCUGGUCGUACUAUUGUUGAGUCGACUCAAAAAGAGGGAUGGGUGGGUGGGGGGUCCACACGUGCUGUGCCAAUCAGUCAGUGCUGGUCGUACUAUUGUUGAGUCGACUCAAAAAGAGGGAUGGGUGGGUGGGGGUCCACACGUGCUGUGCCAAUCAGUCAGUGCUGGUCGUACUAUUGUUGAGUCGACUCAAAAAGAGGGAUGGGUGGGUGGGGGUCCACACGUGCUGUGCCAAUCAGUCAGUGCUGGUCGUACUAUUGUUGAGUCGACUCAAAAAGAGGGAUGGGUGGGUGGGGGUCCACACGUGCUGUGCCAAUCAGUCAGUGCUGGUCGUACUAUUGUUGAGUCGACUCAAAAAGAGGGAUGGGUGGGUGGGGGUCCACACGUGCUGUGCCAAUCAGUCAGUGCUGGUCGUACUAUUGUUGAGUCGACUCAAAAAGAGGGAUGGGUGGGUGGGGGUCCACACGUGCUGUGCCAAUCAGUCAGUGCUGGUCGUACUAUUGUUGAGUCGACUCAAAAAGAGGGAUGGGUGGGUGGGGGUCCACACGUGCUGUGCCAAUCAGUCAGUGCUGGUCGUACUAUUGUUGAGUCGACUCAAAAAGAGGGAUGGGUGGGUGGGGGUCCACACGUGCUGUGCCAAUCAGUCAGUGCUGGUCGUACUAUUGUUGAGUCGACUCAAAAAGAGGGAUGGGUGGGUGGGGGUCCACACGUGCUGUGCCAAUCAGUCAGUGCUGGUCGUACUAUUGUUGAGUCGACUCAAAAAGAGGGAUGGGUGGGUGGGGGUCCACACGUGCUGUGCCAAUCAGUCAGUGCUGGUCGUACUAUUGUUGAGUCGACUCAAAAAGAGGGAUGGGUGGGUGGGGGUCCACACGUGCUGUGCCAAUCAGUCAGUGCUGGUCGUACUAUUGUUGAGUCGACUCAAAAAGAGGGAUGGGUGGGUGGGGGUCCACACGUGCUGUGCCAAUCAGUCAGUGCUGGUCGUACUAUUGUUGAGUCGACUCAAAAAGAGGGAUGGGUGGGUGGGGGUCCACACGUGCUGUGCCAAUCAGUCAGUGCUGGUCGUACUAUUGUUGAGUCGACUCAAAAAGAGGGAUGGGUGGGUGGGGGUCCACACGUGCUGUGCCAAUCAGUCAGUGCUGGUCGUACUAUUGUUGAGUCGACUCAAAAAGAGGGAUGGGUGGGUGGGGGUCCACACGUGCUGUGCCAAUCAGUCAGUGCUGGUCGUACUAUUGUUGAGUCGACUCAAAAAGAGGGAUGGGUGGGUGGGGGUCCACACGUGCUGUGCCAAUCAGUCAGUGCUGGUCGUACUAUUGUUGAGUCGACUCAAAAAGAGGGAUGGGUGGGUGGGGGUCCACACGUGCUGUGCCAAUCAGUCAGUGCUGGUCGUACUAUUGUUGAGUCGACUCAAAAAGAGGGAUGGGUGGGUGGGGGUCCACACGUGCUGUGCCAAUCAGUCAGUGCUGGUCGUACUAUUGUUGAGUCGACUCAAAAAGAGGGAUGGGUGGGUGGGGGUCCACACGUGCUGUGCCAAUCAUCGACUCAAAAAGAGGGAUGGGUGGGUGGGGGUCCACACGUGCUGUGCCAAUCAGUCAGUGCUGGUCGUACUAUUGUUGAGUCGACUCAAAAAGAGGGAUGGGUGGGUGGGGGUCCACACGUGCUGUGCCGGUCAGUCAGUGCUGGUCGUACUAUUGUUGAGUCGACUCAAAAAGAGGGAUGGGUGGGUGGGGGUCCACACGUGCUGUGCCAAUCAGUCAGUGCUGGUCGUACUAUUGUUGAGUCGACUCAAAAAGAGGGAUGGGUGGGUGGGGGUCCACACGUGCUGUGCCAAUCAGUCAGUGCUGGUCGUACUAUUGUUGAGUCGACUCAAAAAGAGGGAUGGGUGGGUGGGGGUCCACACGUGCUGUGCCAAUCAGUCAGUGCUGGUCGUACUAUUGUUGAGUCGACUCAAAAAGAGGGAUGGGUGGGUGGGGGUCCACACGUGCUGUGCCAAUCAGUCAGUGCUGGUCGUACUAUUGUUGAGUCGACUCAAAAAGAGGGAUGGGUGGGUGGGGGUCCACACGUGCUGUGCCAAUCAGUCAGUGCUGGUCGUACUAUUGUUGAGUCGACUCAAAAAGAGGGAUGGGUGGGUGGGGGUCCACACGUGCUGUGCCAAUCAGUCAGUGCUGGUCGUACUAUUGUUGAGUCGACUCAAAAAGAGGGAUGGGUGGGUGGGGGUCCACACGUGCUGUGCCAAUCAGUCAGUGCUGGUCGUACUAUUGUUGAGUCGACUCAAAAAGAGGGAUGGGUGGGUGGGGGUCCACACGUGCUGUGCCAAUCAGUCAGUGCUGGUCGUACUAUUGUUGAGUCGACUCAAAAAGAGGGAUGGGUGGGUGGGGGUCCACACGUGCUGUGCCAAUCAGUCAGUGCUGGUCGUACUAUUGUUGAGUCGACUCAAAAAGAGGGAUGGGUGGGUGGGGGUCCACACGUGCUGUGCCAAUCAGUCAGUGCUGGUCGUACUAUUGUUGAGUCGACUCAAAAAGAGGGAUGGGUGGGUGGGGGUCCACACGUGCUGUGCCAAUCAGUCAGUGCUGGUCGUACUAUUGUUGAGUCGACUCAAAAAGAGGGAUGGGUGGGUGGGGGUCCACACGUGCUGUGCCAAUCAGUCAGUGCUGGUCGUACUAUUGUUGAGUCGACUCAAAAAGAGGGAUGGGUGGGUGGGGGUCCACACGUGCUGUGCCAAUCAGUCAGUGCUGGUCGUACUAUUGUUGAGUCGACUCAAAAAGAGGGAUGGGUGGGUGGGGGUCCACACGUGCUGUGCCAAUCAGUCAGUGCUGGUCGUACUAUUGUUGAGUCGACUCAAAAAGAGGGAUGGGUGGGUGGGGGUCCACACGUGCUGUGCCAAUCAGUCAGUGCUGGUCGUACUAUUGUUGAGUCGACUCAAAAAGAGGGAUGGGUGGGUGGGGGUCCACACGUGCUGUGCCAAUCAGUCAGUGCUGGUCGUACUAUUGUUGAGUCGACUCAAAAAGAGGGAUGGGUGGGUGGGGGGUGCUGUGCCAAUCAGUCAGUGCUGGUCGUACGUGCUGUGCCAAUCAGUCAGUGCUGGUCGUACUAUUGUUGA